UGAGCCAAGGCCAAACGAAAGCGAGGCUUAGAACACAAACAAACGGCCGCAUAUCACCGCUGUGUACUACAUGUGUGUUGAACGGAUGACCAAGAAAUAAUUUUAGCAUCUGGGCAGGCCGCUGUGACAGAAUGAUGGAUAUUGCUGCGGUGCUAAGUUGGCUUACUUUGAAGACGGUCUUGGUCGGGGUCGCGGUAUUCCUGUUGGUGAUGUCAUAUCUACAGAGGAAGAAGUACAAACUGCCGCCAGGACCUCCACAGCUACCGAUACUGGGGAACUACUUGGCAUUUAGGAAGGACAAGCGCAUGUUCUCAGUAUUCACGAAGAUGGCGAAGACGCACGGCGAUAUAUUUACAGUGAACUUAGGUUUUGGCCAAACGGUGAUCGUACUCCAUUCAGCGGAUAUUGUGCACGAGGCACUGGUGGAGCAAAGAGAGGUCUUUGCAGGCAGGGAUGAUAGAUUUUGGUCGUUUGAAUUGAUGUCAGGGGGAUAUAAAGACAUCAUAUUCGCUAAUUAUGGACACCUAUGGACCAUGCAAAGGAGAAUGGCUAUGAAAGCAUUCAGGACGUACAUAGCCGGUGAUAAGCUAGAGCAACUUGCAAAAUCUUCUUUUGGGGAAGUCGCCAUGUUGUUGGAAAAACAAACGGAACCUUUGGAUUUGUCCCAAUAUAUUCGCCUGACGGUUUAUAAUGUCAUCUGCAGGAUGACCUAUGGGAAAAGCUACAAAAUCGAUGACCCUGAGUUUGUUUGGCUAAAAAACAAAAUGGACGAAAUGGAUAAGCUGUUUACAGACUUUUUGCCGGCUGAUCUUGUACCUUUUUUGAAAUAUGUGCCAAUCAAGUCAACACUGGAUGCAAAACGGAUAUUGAAAGAAAUGAUUGAUUUCCAAGCUGUACAGGUCAAGGAGCACAAAUCAACCUUGGCAGCAGGACAGGCAAGAGACAUUACAGACCAACUGCUGCUGGCACGCCAAGAGCUGGAGGCGGAGAGCGACGGAUCCCUGAAGGAGAUUUUAACAGACAAACAUAUCAUUCAGACCAUACUAGACGUGUUUCUUGCUGGGGUUCAUACGUCAACAGAAACACUAAAAUGGACCAUGCUGUAUGUUGCAGACAACCCGGAAGUACAGGAGAAGAUGCACCGGGAAAUAAGUGGAGUUUUAGAGGACGACCUAGACGGCCUGCGUCACUGUAAAUCCAAGCUGCCAUAUUGCGAGGCAGUUCUCCGCGAAGUUAUGCGCAUGCGUCCAGUGGCUCCAGUGGCCCUCGCGCACCAAACGAUUCGAGACUCAAAAAUAGGCGGUUACGACCUGCCAAAGGGGACAUUGGUAUUUCCAAAUGUAUGGGGGAUACACCAUAAUCCCAGAAAUUGGGAGUCACCAGAAGUUUUCAAACCAGAGCGAUUUUUGGACAAAGAUGGGAACCUGAAACCGAUUGAUACCAAGAUAUGGUUGCCGUUCUCCUCUGGGAAGAGGAAAUGUGCCGGAGAAGGUCUGGCCAAAGCUGAUAUCAUGAUGAUUAUGGCCAUGUUUUUCCAGCGGUUCAAAGUAAGUUUUCCUCCAGGACAGAAACCGGAUUUCGAACCUGUUAUGGCCUUCUUUGACUGCCUCUCAGCGCCGCAGAAGUUGAUCAUAGAAAAAAGGAAAACAAUUUCUUAGAAGAUCAAAAUAAGAAAAAAAAAUUGAAUGGGACAGUUGGGUGUUGAAUUCAUGGUGAUGGACGUUCAAAGCAAAACUAUGACGAUACGUUAUGAUUCUGACAUACUGAUGAUAAAGUUCCAAGACAUUUUGAAGGAAAAAGCUUGUCCCAUCAAUGGGCAUGAUACCAAACAUUCUAAAUAUAGGCCGCCGGCAGUGUACGACAUCAUAUGAGACUUCAUAUGAUGUCGAAAAUCGAAAAUCCGUGUGAAGUGGGGUUUGCUUUUAUUCAAUUCAAAAAAAAAAAAAAAAAAAAAAAAAA